CGCACCGCUCCGUCGCGAAGCCCAGAUUCCGGACGGAACGACACCCUGCGGUGGCCACCGAGGAUGCAACGGAUGGAUCUCGUCGACGAAUCUCUGUCAUUUCCGUGCGCGAAACGCGUUAAACGGUCGGAUCUUGCAUAAACCAUUUAGCUACCGUUCGAAAUUGGCAUAAAUUAGACCUGGUCCAGGGAUCGCGGGAGAACACGUUUUUGCUAAGGGUGUGCGAGAGCUGUCGCGAGCCCAACAGCCGAUCGAUAGCGCCGGAAAAGCGGGUGGAAAGAGCGCGGACUCGAUUCUCGACAAGACGCGGUCCAGAGAAUGCGAUCCGGGGAUACCCUGUACGCGCGUUGAUUACGUAUGUGAUCGCGAUGCACGCAAUGCACGCGCGCACGCGUGCGUGUCUACGCACAGGCGAGAUGGCGUGAUGCGACCUUAGUGUGUAAAAUUCCAAAGGAUGUUCGGAUUUUUGUCGGAUUGUCUUGAAUAAGGGGAAGGAAGAGUACUACCGAGAGACUCGACGCCAAAGUUUAAGUUUGAUCAACACAUUGAGUGUUUCCAAGAUACUGUCUUCUCUACUGGCACUUUAUACUAAUCAACGUGCAAGCGCAUAGUUAGUACACCUGAGAAAUUCAGAGACGUAAUCAACUCGUUCGAUAUUCCGUUGGAUAGAUAGACCUUUCUCGACAGACUGUGUUAGCAUUUAUCGUGUGCCAGAUAUUUGACGAAAAUUGAUGUACUAAUCAUUACGUAUGGCUCUCGUCAAUGUGUCCUGUAUGCUGGCGAAGAAAUCGUUUCAUUACUGCCGGAAUUUCGGAUGGUGAACCGGAAGCGAAACGUAAAGGACUGUUCCAGCAAAAUCUUAUAGACAAUGGGAGCCGAUCAUCAUCAAAAAGAUCCAUGAUGUUCAAAUUUAUCGCUGUGUUUAUCGCCGCAAAUUUCUCAUCAUUGAUCGCAUUUUUGGAUGAUGUCACCCGCUUUCGGCGUUUUCUCAAAAGUAAAUUCACAAAAAGCAACGACGCUCACAAAAUCAUGUCCAAUAUCACAGAAAAGCGAAGCAUGCAAUGUGCGUGACCUUAUCAGGAACUACUGAACGAUCGGUUCAACGAAAUCGCAGAGUAAUGAUUAGAAACGUACGAUUGAGGCUGGCGAUCACCACCGCGGAUUAUAAUCAAGCGAGUUGCACGUGUGAUCGUCGGCACGUGUCUAUACAAAGCGGUGGUGGCGGACUUUUCCUUCGAUUCUUCCUGAUUUUCUGUUGCACCACGAUAACCUGCGGCGAUUUCAAGAAUAGGAUGUCGCGUGGGAUCAAGGAUCUGCAAAUAGCCUUAAAGCCUCCAUCAUGGCAAACAGUGGGCCACUGUGACCUAGAGCCAAACUGCGAUUGGUACUGGGAGCGGCAAUAUACGAACCAAAAAACUGCAAAUCUGACCUUUGAGAAAGUUAUGGCAUCAACAUUAUUCGACAAUCCAUAUUUUCCGAUCAUAGAUGCCAAUGGAUCCACAAACGGCCAUUUCCUAUGGUUUAACGGUCCUGGAGCUGCUCAAAUAUUGUCGAAGUCUAUUUUUCGCACGGGCCCGCGUUGUCAUGUCGAUUUCUGGCUGUACCAAGUGGAAAAUGAUAACGGAUUCAUAAAUAUUAUCAUACUAACUGACAACGCGAGCUCAAUCGCAUACUCAAAACAUGGGAAUAAUUAUGUUACAUGGGAAAAAAUGAGUUUCGAGUUACGCGCGGUCGAUCAACCCUAUCAUUUACUUAUAGAGAUAUAUGCGCCCUAUUAUAACUCAAGCGUCGGCGUUGAUAAUAUUCGUCUACUCAAUUGCUUCCCAGAAUCUAUGCCAGUCGGUGCUGCCUGUACGAAGGAUAUGUUUCGAUGUAACAACGGUGUUUGCUUGAAUAGGACUCGUAUCUGUGACUUUACAAAGGAUUGCGCCGAUGGUGAAGAUGAAGCACUCGAUUGUGACAAAAUACCGGAGAACGCUAGAUGCAAUUUUGAGAACGGUUGGUGUGGAUGGGCAAAUGUUCCUGGGAGACCUUUAAAUUGGACCCUUUAUAAAGGUGCCACACCAUCCAUAAGAACCGGACCCAGUUAUGAUCAUACUUAUCGCAAUGAAACAGGAACUUAUGCGUACGUGAAUAUGGCAUCUAAGAGUCAAUUUAUUAGAUAUGGCAGUCGAGGCACCCUUGAAAGUCCUUUAUACAAUCCGACACCACCUUACAGCAGCGAUCUUAAAAGUCCUUAUCAUCACUCAUGUCAAAUACGCUUUUUCUAUCACAAGUAUGGUGCACAUAGCGGAUCUCUUGGACUUUAUCUAGUCCAAGUAAAACCAUUUGGAAAUCAAACCAUCAGAUUGUGGUGGUCUUUUAAAACUAACAGCGAUGUUUGGAAUAAUGAGGCAGUUGCUCUACCUGACAUAAGAUAUAGGUUUUUUUUGCAAUUUGAGGCGUCUAGAGGGAUUACUUCGACAGGUGAUAUAGCAAUUGACGAUAUUUCCUUAAGUCGAGAAUGUUUCGCCAUUGGUAACUUCAACAAAUAUAUCUAUAUUAUAUUGU